ACAACGCGAGUCCAUGUUUCAUAGUCCAUGUCUCAUAGUCCAUGUUUCAGUCAGUUAGUUUAGUUCACGCUGGUUUAUCCGCUCCCAGUUCCUCGUCAUAGUUAAUGUUUCAUGUUUCAUAUAUCGACCCUGUUUUCCGUGCCACAACCUUGAUCUCUGCCUUGCCCUAAUUAAUGCCUGUUUGCCGAUCGCCUGACCUCUUGCAUGUUUGUGGAUUACGUUUUGGAUCACGUUGUGGAUUUGUCUGCCUGUCUCUCUUCCAAUAAAACUCUCGUUCUAAACUGCGAUUGCAUCCGCCUUCUCUUCCGCUCCGUCACGAGUCGUGACAGAAUAUUCCGCCGCACCAUGGAUGCAGCACGAGGACGAGAGAGAAGUCGCGCCACAAUGAGAGUAGCAGGACAAUACCGUCUCGGGGAAACGCUCGGAUUACUGGCCGCAUUUUUUUUUUCCGUACAGUUCCCUCAAAGGUACGACGUCGAGCUUCCGCAAAUUCCAGCGGGAUUGGGGAGCUACCCGCUGGAGUUUCUGUUUAGCUGCCAGGAGUAUUUCAGCAGCCUGGCAUAUCCCAAGCCUUCUAAGAGACAGUGGAUCGGGUUCAUGGUGUCCAGGUUUUGCGGUCCGGCCCGUGACUGGGCGGAGCAGCUGGUGAGUGCUGGGUCGCCAGCCCUCCAUGAUGUCUCACAAUUUUCAGAACUGUUUAUGGAGGAAUUUUCACAGCCCGGACAACUUCGUGGUCUUGAUUUACUGGGGUGGAGAGUCAAUGGACAGCCCCAGGCGGACCCGCCAUUCAACCUCUAUUAUGAGGGGAUUGACAGGGCAGCCUCCACCAAGCCGCUCAAGCCUCCAGUCUCUGAAGUCCAAGUCAAGUCACCAGUCUCUGAAGUCCAAGUCAAGUCUCCAGUCCCUGAAAUCCAAGUCAAGUCUCAAGUCCCUGAGGUCCAAGUCAAGUCUCCAGUCUCUGACAUCCAAGUCAAAUCUCAAGUCCCUGAGCUCCAAGUCAAGUCUCCAGUCUCUGACAUCCAAGUCAAAUCUCAAGUCCCUGAGGUCCAAGUCAAGUCUCAAGUUCCUGAUGUCACACCCAAGUCUACUGAUACGGCCGACCACGUUCUGCUCAAGCCCAAGUCUACCGACCCGGUCGCCCAAGUUCAGCCCACGCCUGAGUCUGCCGACCUGGUCGCCCAAGUUCAGCUCACGCCCGAGUCUGCCGACCCGGUCGCCCAAGUUCAGCUCACGCCCGAGUCUGCCGACACGCACAGCCAAGUUCUGCUCACGCCCGAGUCUGCUGACACGCACAGCCAAGUUCUGCUCACGCCCGAGUCUGCUGACACGCACAGCCAAGUUCUGCUCACGCCCGAGUCUACCGACACGGCCACCCAAGAUCCACCCCUGCCCAAGGUUCACCUGGUGACCUCAGAGCCUUAGCCUCCCUGCUCAGCUGUGGACGUCGCUCAGCCUCCCUGCUCAGCUGUGGACGUCGCUCAGCCUUCCUGUUCAGCUGAGGUCGUCGCUCAGCACCCCUGCUCCAUGGCGAACAUUGUUCCCCCCUCCUGCUUCGAGGAGAGCUUCGUUCCUCUCCCUGGCCUCACGGAGACCCACGCUCCCCUCCCUGGCCUCACGGAGACCCACGCUCCUCUCCCUGGCCUCACGGAGGCCCACGCUCCUCUCUCUGGCCUCAUGGAGACCCACGCUC